CUUCCUUUUUCGUAUCUCUCUACUCCGGACCUCGUCGCCGUCAACGACGCUUUGACAACGACGACGACGACUGCCGCCGCCCGUCAUGGUUCGCAAGCUCAAGUAUCAUGAGCAGAAGCUCCUUAAAAAAGUCGAUUUUCUCAAUUGGAAACAAGACGCCAAUCUCCGUGAAAUCAAGGUCAUGCGUCGUUACCAUGUCCAGGACAGAGAGGACUACCACAAGUACAACAAACUUUGCGGUUCUCUGAGGUCCUUUGCACACCGGAUCUCGAUUUUGCCUGCACAAGACCCAUUCCGACCUCGCAUGGAGAGCCAGCUACUGGCGAAACUGUACGAUAUGGGGGUCCUUAACUCCACGGCGAAGCUAAGCGACGUUGACAAAAUCACCGUCGCUGCUUUUUGUCGCCGGCGUCUAGCCGUGUUCAUGUGCAUGACCAAGAUGACAGAGACUGUUAGCGCAGCCGCAAAAUUUAUAGAGCAAGGGCAUGUUCGAGUCGGACCAGACACAAUUACAGAUCCCGCGUUCUUGGUGACAAGACGAAUGGAAGACUUUGUCACCUGGGUCGAUACGUCUAAACUCAAACGGACAAUCAUGUCCUAUAAUGACGAACUGGACGACUACGACCUCCUGUGACCAGACUGACCGACGAAAGUAUCAUCAUGUUCAAUUAUUUGCCUUUUGAAGGAAUGCUUUCACGGACGCAAUUACGUGUUAAUGAUACCAUUCCUGCAAAUCUCCUUCGGUCACCAUCUGGACCAACAUAGCACCAUAUGAAUCUCGCAUCAUUAGACGCAAUCUGAAGAUGGGGCUACGUUCCUUGCGCUCCGGUUUGCGUCAGCCUUUCGGGAAUAGACCAUGGAGAUGCGAAUAGUGGAAAUAUUUGUUUUUAGACGAUGGAGGAAUUGCAGAGGAAAUUUGAUGUAGCGUCAGACUCCUUCCCAUUCUCCUUCAUGGGGGGUAAAAGCUGCUUCGCAGCUGUGGGGUAAUCGAAUAGCUUAUAUAUUAUCUUAUCUUAUCUUUCACGUGAUGUUUUGAUCUUUCUGAACCUUAUUUUUUUUUACCCCCCAUUACGGAGACUGGCGUCUUUUGCUAUGGCGCGUUGCACAUGUUUGGCUGAGCC